CCGGGCCGCCCACGCCCGCGUUCGACCUCGCGCAGCUGGGCCCCACGCCCCCCGUGCGUGGCCCGGCGAGCUCAGGAGCCACGUCCCCGACCUCCCGGCUCUCGCGGACGGGCCCCGCGACACCCACACCGGGCAGCACCGAAUCGGGGCCGUGCCCGUCGCCGAGGGCGAGCAUGCGCACCGGCAGCUUCCCCUCGGUUUGCGGUCUCGUCAGACUGUCGAGCACCAUCUACAACGACGAGUCGGUGCAGUACGCGAGCUCGAUCCCGGUCAACAGCUUCACCCGCCUCGGGUCGACCCCCCCGAUCUCCAGAACGGUGCGCACGGGGACCCCCCCGCCUGCGCCGGACACGUCUUUCCCCGGGUCCGCGACUCCGCCGCGCGGCUUGGCGCGGGCAGGGCCGGCGACUCCGGCGUCCGGCAUCAGCCGGUCCGCGCCGUCGCCGCCCGCUUCCGACAUGGCGGGCGCAGGCCCCGAGGGAG